AUGAAGACCGAGAAGCACGAGACCACGGACACCAACGUCCUCUUCUCCUCCCCGCUGCUGCGCACCCCACUCAGCGGCAGCGUGGCCAACGCCGGAAGGCAUUACGAGCUCCCGACGCCGCCGGUGUCGUGUCGCAACCUGAUGGAACAGGCGCUCUUCGGCGAUCUGUGCACCACGAUGGCGCCCAUGGACCACAGGAGGGCGGGUUGGCCCGUGGCCUCCCUGGUCGACUUCGCCACGGACUCCGAGGGAACCCCAAUCUUCUCGUUGUCCCCGAUGGCGAUGCACACCAGGAACAUCAAGGUUGACCCGCGGUGCUCGCUGGUGGUGGAGAUGCCGGGGUGGCGCGGGCUCGCGUCGGCGAGGCUCACGCUGUUCGGCACGGUUCGUCAGGUUCCCGAGGAGAAGCAGGACCUCGCCAGGCGGCUGUUCAAAUCCAAGCACUCCGAGGAGAACAUGUCCUACGGCACCAGCGAGUUUCCGCUCUACGCGCUGACGGAUAUCAAGGAUGUCUACUACGUGGGAGGGUACGGAACCGUCAAGUGGGUGGACCCCAUCGAGUACUUGAGCUGCUCCCCGGAUAAGGUGUGCGACCGCGCGGUGCAGAACCCGCUGGAGCUCCUGAACGACGUCAACGAGGAGUAUCGAUCGCGGAUACCGAGCCUGUAUCCCAACUGCUCCCGCGCCAAGAUCAUCGCGAUCGACCGCAACGGGAUGGACGUGCGACUGAAGACCGGGGAGGGGCAUUACGUGGUGCAGCGCAUCAGAUUCCACGGACCCGCGGAGAGCUACGGCCAGGUCAGGGAGGAGGUGGAGGCCAUCCUCUCGGACGGGUUCAAGAAACUUCGAAAGCCCAGGUGA